AUGCAGAGCCGGGUGGACCAAGCGGUACAGGCAGCCCUUGCUGGUCUUGGAAGCCAGGCGGCUCCAACAGCACCUGUAUUGGGCCAGACGACAUUAGUGUCUGAAGCACCAGGAGUAGGUGUUCAGACAGUAAUACCUCCAACACGAUUGACAGAGCUACCUGAGGAGAGUGAGUACAUACGAGAUUUCAUGAAACUUGCCCCACCAACUUUUGGAGGAAAAGGGACUGAUCCUGAGGCAGCUGAAUGGUGGAUGGAAUGUAUUGAAACAAAGUUUACAUUCUACAACUGCCCAGAGAAUCAUAAAGUGUUGUGUGCUACAUAUUUGUUGGAGGGACCAGCCCAUUUUUGGUGGAAAUCAAAGAAGCCGAAGAUGGAGGCUGGUGGGGCCCCAAUCACAUGGGCGGCCUUCAGACAUGAGUUUUGUGAGAAAUAUUAUCCUGCUCUAGCGAGAUUGCGAAACCGAAAAGCAUUUAUGCAAUUGGAACAGGGUAAUAGAUCAGUAGAGGAGUAUGAGGCGGAAUUCACACGAUUAUCCAGAUUUGUUCCUCUUAUGGUUGCUACUGAGGAAGAGAAGACGGAUCUCUUUAUUCAGGGUUUAAGGCAAGAGAUACAGGGAUCCGUGUCUGCCCAUGCUUCCAAGAUUUUGUUACGGCUUAUAAUGCUGCGGUGA